GCCUGCUGUUUGUGAGCGCGGCGGUUUUCCUCGUCGUGUUGACACUCCCUCACCUUUCCCCUCCCAACCCAUCCCAUCCCUUUCCCUCCUAUCUCUCACUCUCUCUCUCUCCUUCUCCCGUGUGAAGCGACGGCGCCGAGCCGACUGCAGCAAUGUCAGCCACGCUCUACCUCCUCUCCACUCUCGGCGGUUACAUCCUCUCGUCGGCUCUGUUCUUCAAGUGCCCGACGCUGCUGCACAGCAAGAAGCGCCAGAUCUUCAGGUGCCGGCACAUCUCUCAUCGCGGGGGUGCCGGAGAGAACCUGGAAAACACAAUGGCAGCCUUUAGACAUGCUGUACAGCUGAGGACAGACAUGCUGGAGAUGGACUGUCACAUGACCAAAGAUGGCCAAGUAGUGGUGUCACAUGACAACAACCUGAAGCGAAUCACAGGAUUGAAUGUGAAUAUUGACAGCCUCACUUUUUCAGAUCUCCCACAGUACAACUGUAGACUGAACGUGUCCUUCAAGAAAGAUUGCUUCUGUGAUGGAGGAGAUGACAAACGUAUUCCGCUAUUGAAGGAAGUGUUUGAUGCCUUUCCCACGACGCCCAUCAACAUCGACAUUAAAGUUAACAAUGACCUCCUCAUUAAGAAGGUAUCUGAUUUGGUCAGUGAGUAUAAUCGUCGGGAACUCACUGUCUGGGGCAACGGCAGUGAAACUAUUGUGAAGAAAUGUUACAAAACGAAUCCAAGCAUCCCGAUCCUGUUCAGCCUGCAGCGAGUGCUCCUGCUGCUGGGUCUCUUCUACACGGGGCUCCUGCCCUUCUUCCCCUUGAGAGAACAGUUUCUGGAGAUCCCCAUGCCCUCUAUCAUUCUCAAGCUGCAGGAAUCAUGCAAGAUCCCCUGGACCCAGCGGCUGCUGAUCUGGCUCGCUGACACGUUACUGAUGAGGAAGUGUCUCUUUGAGCAUCUCAAAGCGAGAGGAAUUCAGGUCUACAUCUGGGUUCUGAAUGAUGAGGAUGACUUCAAGCGAGCCUUUGACUUGGGAGCAACAGGCGUCAUGACUGACUACCCAACACAGCUGAAGAAGUUUCUAGAAAGUUAUACCUUCAAAGAGGAGUAGAAGGAGAGAUUGCAGUGGCGGGGGGGGGGGUGCGGUCUGUGGCUGGGGAGGGACAAGUGAAAGGAAUUGCAUCAGCUAGUAGCCAGAACUGUCUCCCAGCCGAUGUAAAUCUUUGCUGCAGCAACAGAUUGGCUUGGUUCACUGUGUCUUGUUCUCUUCUGACCCACUUUAGAUUGUACCAGCAGUCAGAGUUCCCUGCAAAAGUUAAGGAGAAGAAUAAUAAAUCAGCCAUGAUGGAACGGCAGAGCAGACUUGAUGGGCCGAAUGGUCUAAUUGUGCUCCGUUGUCUUAUGCUCUUAAAGAUUAGUUUGAAACAUGUCUUUACAAGUAUUUAAACUACUUUCAGUUAUUUCAAACCAAGUGUUGGUUGCGAAGCAUCCUGUGUUAAAAUCUGUGUCAGUUUAUAUUUGAAAGAAAACUGGUUUGUCUUGAACACUCGUGAAGCAGCUGCCUCCUAUGGCAGAAGGACACUCGGCCCAUCUGCCUUGCACUGGCACUUUAAAAGAUCACCUCAAAUGCAUCAUUUCACUCCUGCACUGUAUCCUUUCCUUUCUAAUUAUUUAUUUGAUUCCUUUUAAAAGAUGUUCCCACCACCUUGGGCACUGAGUUCCAGAUUUCAGCAAUGAAAAUAGUGACGAUUCUGGAUUGAAACUUCAGGGCCUUAGACCAGCAAGAAGUGAAACUACAGUGUACAGACACGUGCUCUGCAGGCUGGGGCACAGUGGUGGGGGGGGGGGCAAGGUCACAGACAGGAAUCCUCUUCUGAAGCUCAUCAAGCCUGUUCUGCAAUUUAUAUAAGGAAGCCUGCGUCCUAUCUUCCUUUCAUUGACCUUGUCUGGCGAUAGAGCUGAGUUCUGGGGAUGUCAUUCAGCCCUGGUCUGGGCUGCUCAGGAGCUCUAGACACCCUCCGCUUGAAGAAACAUCUCCAACCCCCUCUCAAGAUGUGACCUUCAGCUGCCCCCACCACCCCACACUGCUGGCCCUAACAAGGCCAGCAUUCCCUUCUGUCCACCCGAUUGAUACCUUCCAAUAUGUUUUACCCCAAAAUUUACUUCAUUCAUGCUACAAGAUAAUAUUCAAAAGGAAGGAAACAGUGCCAAACAAAGCCUUUGCAUUCUUGGUCAGUACAUUACAUAAUGUAAACUUGGAAGAGAGAAACACAAGCAUUGCACCUUUUCCACAACAUGGCCCCCUGAGAUGAUAUCCCUUCCAUUAUCCAGGGGGCCCAAAAUCUCCAGAACAGCUCUGUCCAAUCUCCCCCGAGUCUUGGUUCUGGAUGGGGAUCCUGAUUUUCCCCUCUGUCUGAGAUGGACAAACUUAAUCCAGAUUAGGUGGGAACUAAACCUGGCACAGUGUGCUGGCUGAGCUGGGGUUGGGACUGAGGGCUGGUGGAUCAGACGCUGGAUCCAUCAAUGCCUCUACCUGAUCGUGCCAGCCAGCCCCGUAUGUGGGGGGGGGGGGCUGGGAUUCAUGGUCACUAGUGGUGGCUUUGUACCUGAGCUGGUAUCCGGCUAAUGUAUUUGCCUAGCACUCCUCACCUUGGAAGCUGUAGAUCAGUGGGUUUGAAGCCAGCCUUUAACCGGUAAUUGAGAAAUGGGCAAGCUGAGGCCUCACCUACUUGGCCCUGAUGAAUGUGGUAAAAAUCCACACAUGGAUGAAGAUAACUGGACAAAGAACCAAUUCCUCGUCCUCGUGAAUGGAGUUUGUCACCACUGUUUAUGUUUUUUUUGUUUGCUGUCGACCUUUUCUUUGAGUUAACAUUAGUCGGCUUCCCACCGUGUUGUCUCUCAGUCUACCUGAUUCAUGGAGAAAACAGGGUUUUUGUCCCACAAUAAUAAAUGUAUCUCGUGUUUUGUCUUAAUACAGAGGAUGAAUAAAUUUUUGCCCAUUAACUGGCUGGGGCUUGAGCCCGCUGCGGUUAAUUGACCUCACUUUAACAAAUGAACAGAAAAUUAAUGCAUUGUGUUGUAGAUAAUGGUAAAUACUGCCCUACUAAAUCGUGUGUGAUUAAAAUGUUGUGAUUUGUCAGCAUUCAAAUGUUUUUUUUAAUGAAAAAGAC